AUGAUUAACCCCAACGUCUGCUGGACAUGCAAGGUCCGACGGAAGAAGUGCGACGAGCGCAACGAGAAAGUCUGCGAGAAUUGCGAGUUCCUGCAGAUUACUUGCCAUCGCGGAACCAAGCCGGAGUGGAUGGAUGGCGGGAAACGACAGGAGGAGAUGGCAAUCUCUUUCAAGCGGGAGGUUCGAGCUCAUUCGCACAGUCGUCUUGCUGGUAGAGGGCAGCGGAGAGGUAUUGCUGCAAAUCCAAGUGGAAGUGGUCUUGGGAAACCUGUUCCAUCGAAGCAAUAUGGACUCCCCGAGAUCGCUGGAAAAGAACCACGCUGUCCUUUCUCCUCCUCGACCGCAUACGACGGUAGCGACUACGAUGAAGCCCGACCGCCACAUUCAGAAACAGUCCUGCUAUCAUUCUACCUCGACAAUGUCCUCCCCUUCCUGCUGCCCUUCUACCACCCAGACCCACAACGAGAAGGAGGAAGAGCCUGGAUCCUGGAACUCGCUUCUUCGAGCCAUGUGAUCCGCGGCGUCAUCCUCUCCCAAAGCUCCUACUUCUUCGCCCUCAGCCAAGGCACCUUCAAGACCGGAUGGAACGAUACCGUGGCACAGUCUGCCAACACAUUCCGUAUGCUGCACUAUGCUACCGAAGUCAUGAUUCGCACGAGCGUGCAGGCUCAGUUGCGUGGUGCUGUGCGAGUAUUUACUGGCAUCAUGCAGAUGCAGCGGUUUGAGGUGUGUGUGGGUAGUUUUGAGAAUUGUCGGGCUCAUCUCGAUGUUGCGCUGGAGUUGUGCUGUGAUAUCUUGGCUUGUGCUAAAGAUCAGUUGGAACAUCCUGCAACAAGGCCCGUGGUCGUCGAUGCCGAUAUGCAAUCAUGUACUGGUCGACUUCCCGAUGCAGAGCGUACAGCACUGAGGAUGUCGACUGCUCUGAUCUUGUUCGACGAUGUCAUUGCAAGCAUCGUUGUCCAAGGACAUCCAAGGCUCUCCGCCUACCACGAGCACCUGCUGGGAAAGGUUGGACAGGCGGACAGCGGCGUACUCAGGCUCGACGAGGUUACAGGUUGCCCAAAAAGUGUUCUUAUUGAGAUGGGGAAGAUCGCCAACGUGAACGCUCUAGAUUGUUACGACCAGCAUAGCAAUUCGGUGGAUUCUGAGCAGCUGGCUGAGCGCACUACAGCGAUUAGAGACUCCCUUCAGAGGCAACUCCAGUUGUUGGAAGCACGUCACUUACGGAAAAGCCCUGCUAAAGCGUUCGCAAUUUUCGAUGACCCCAAACAGGACGCCCAACGACAUCUUGUUGCACGGAUAUGGAUUCACGCUGCCCUCUUACAACUCUCCCUGUUCACAUCAGGAGAGGAUCCAAACAACUCAGACACGAGAUCACAUCUUGGCCGCUGUGCAUAG